CAACAUAACGGUCUACGUAUGGAGUUGAGUUCCGACGCUCAAAGAAAGUGCCCGUUACUUACACACCGCACGCGAUUUUGCCCGUCCUGUCAGUUGAAAAGACACAGUCAAUUAAAAAACAAAAAAUAUACGAAAACAAAGACGACAUAUUGAACGGCGAAAGUGGAACGAUUGUAUGAACGUGAACAAAAUAAACGGAAUGUGACUGAAAUGUGCCGCGGUUUUUUCUACGACAGUUUUUUACUAUGUGCGCUUCAGUGUAUUGUGGUCAGAGUGAAAGCAUAGGACAUUAGAGAAGGAUGAGCUCGAUAGUGGCCGACGUGAUAUCAAGCACGGCCAUCGCUGCCGCAGGUACGCAGGUAGCAUGGUUUAUCCCGAUGUUAGUUGCGGCGAUAGCUUACUAUCAGUUCGACCAGACGGAUCCUGAAGGUAGACCAGCCGACGUGCCAGACUCGCGAUUACUGUCGGAGUAUGAUUUCAUCAUAGUUGGGGCUGGAUCUGCUGGGGCUGUAGUGGCCAAUCGUCUGUCAGAAAUUGGGUACUGGAAGGUGCUCUUAUUGGAGGCAGGUGGUGACGAAACGGAAAUAUCCGAUGUCCCUCUCCUAGCAGGAUACCUACAGCUUAGCAAACUGGACUGGAAGUAUAAGACCGAACCUCAGAGCACCAGUUGCUUAGCAAUGGAAGGCAGCCGGUGUAACUGGCCUCGAGGAAAAGUGCUCGGUGGAAGCUCUGUAUUGAACUACAUGCUAUAUGUGAGAGGCAACAAAAAAGAUUACGAUAUUUGGGAAUCGCUGGGGAACAAAGGAUGGAGCUACAACGAUGUUUCGUAUUAUUUUAAAAAGUCCGAAGAUAAUCAGAACCCAUAUUUAGCCAAAACGCCAUAUCACAGUACUGGAGGAUAUUUAACAGUUUCUGAAGCACCUUAUCAUACUCCUCUUGUUUCGAGUUUUAUAGACGCAGGUUUAGAAAUGGGAUAUUUGAAUAGAGAUAUAAACGGAGAGAAUCAAACGGGUUUUAUGGUGGCUCAAGGGGCAAUUCGCCGAGGGAGUCGCUGUUCAACUGCAAAAGCAUUUUUGCGACCUGCCAAAGAUCGAGGGAACCUACACAUUUCUAUGAACUCAUUUGUCACCAAAGUCAUGAUAGAUCCAAGAACAAAAAUAGCUUUUGGAGUUGAAUACAUAAAAAAUAAAAUGCUAUAUCGAAUCAGAGCUAGAAAAGAAGUCAUUUUAUCUGGGGGAACUAUAAAUUCUGCUCAAUUAUUGCUACUGUCAGGUAUAGGCCCAGAAGAAGAGUUGGCUAAACAUAGAAUACCUUUAGUUCAAAAUCUUCAAGUGGGCAAAAAUCUUCAAGAUCAUAUUGGUUUAGGUGGGUUAGCCUUCAUGAUAAACAAACCAAUUUCCAUUAUCGAAAAUAGACUACACACUGUGAGCACACUAAUGGAGUAUGCAGUAAUGGGAGAAGGGCCACUUACAAUUAUGGGGGGUGUUGAGGGCUUAGCUUUCGUCAGCACAAAAUACGUUAAUGCUUCAGACGAUUUUCCGGAUAUCGAAUUUCAUUUUGUAUCGGGAGCCACUAAUUCUGAUGGUGGUGGCCAGUUACGAAAAAUACACGGAUUGACUGAAAAAUUCUAUAAUGCCGUAUUCCAACCCGUAAAUAAUGUAGACGUGUGGAGUAUAAUUCCUAUGCUGCUCCGUCCAAAGAGUAAGGGUUAUAUUCAGUUAAGAAGUGCAAAUCCUUACGAUUACCCAUAUAUUUACCCAAACUAUUUAACUGAUGAAAGAGACGUGAAGACUUUAGUAGAAGGAGUAAAAAUUGCAUUUGCUCUAUCAAGAACAAAAUCUUUUCAAAAACUUGCAUCUGUGUUUAAUAAUCAUAUUUUUCCGGCCUGCCGCAAUAUACCAAAAUUCACUGAUGUAUUUUGGGAAUGUAUGAUUAGACAAUACACUUGCACAAUUUAUCACCCAGUUGGCACUGCGAAGAUGGGACCUUAUUGGGAUCCGGAAGCCGUUGUUGAUCCUGAACUUAAGGUUUAUGGUGUAAAAGGUCUAAGAGUGAUAGACGGAAGUAUUAUGCCGAAUUUGGUGAGUGGUAACACUAAUGCUCCCAUUAUUAUGAUCGGAGAGAAGGGCAGUGACAUGAUCAAGGAGUUCUGGCUAAAACGUAGAAUGUCAAGAUAUUAUGCGUAUUAAAAGUGGUACAAAUAAUAUUAUAUAGUGUAAGGUAAAUUGUAAAUAUUACUUUAGAAUAAUACUGUUAUUUAUU